AUGGAGCCCAGCAGCUCAACCAGACACCCGAACAUCCUUCGCCUGUACAACUACUUCUACGAUGACACUCAGAUAUACUUAAUUCUGGAGUAUGCUCCAGGAGGUGAGCUCUAUAAGGAGCUUCAGAGAAAUGAGCAGUUGGACCAGCAGCGUACAGCCACGAUAAUACAGGAGUUGUCAGAUGCCCUGACCUACUGCCAUGAGAAGAAGGUGAUUCACAGGGACAUCAAGCCAGAGAAUCUCCUGCUGGGCCUCAANGGUGAGGUGAAGAUCUCAGACUUUGGGUGGUCUGUGCAUACCCCCUCCCUCAGGAGAAAGACAAUGUGUGGGACUCUGGACUACUUGCCCCCGGAAAUGAUAGAGCAGAAACCGUACAAUGAGAUGGUUGAUCUGUGGUGCAUUGGCGUGCUCUGCUAUGAGCUGCUGGUGGGGAAGCCACCCUUUGAGAGCAGCACCUCCAGUGAGACAUUUAGACGCAUCUGCAAGGUGGAUUUUAAGUUUCCUUCAUCAGUGCCUGCAGGAGCCCAGGACUUGAUCUCCAAGCUUCUUAGAUACCAUCCUUCAGAGAGGCUGAGCCUGGCCCAGGUCCUGAAGCACCCCUGGGUCAGGGAACACUCUCGAAGGGUGCUGCCUCNCUGUGUUCAGAUGUCUUCCUGAGCCCUGUCCGUCUCUAUCCCUAUAUAUUUCUUCAGGAAGCUCUCCAGGCUGUUUGUUAGUGUGUGUGGUUUGCUUGUUUUCUCUUUUAUGAAAUGAUGUUAAUUAAAACUGAUUAUUUUCGCAUCAAAAAAAA